AUGACCGGCGUGGUGGUCCUCGACAACGGCGGCGGCCUCAUCAAGGCCGGUCACGGCGGCGAUCUCGACCCCACCACCGUCCUCCCCAACUGCCUCCUCCGCCCCCUCUCCUCCAAGAAGUUCCUCCACCCCGACCCCUCGUCUCCCCCUCUGGCCGCCGCCCUCGACCUCACCUCCGCCGCCGUCCGCCGCCCCAUCGACCGCGGCUACCUCAUAAACGCCGACCUGCAGCGCGACAUCUGGGCCCACCUCUUCGCGAACCACCUCCGCGUCAGCACCCCGUCCUGCUCCCUCCUCCUCACCGAGCCGCCCUUCGCCCUCCCCUCCGUCCAGCGCGCCACCGACGAGCUCGUCUUCGAGGACUUCGGCUUCAAGUCCCUCUACGUCGCCGACUCGGCCUCGCUCGUUCAUCUGUACGAGGCCAGCACGAGCCCACAAGGGUUGGUCUCCAAGGCGCAGUGUAGUCUUGUUGUGGACUGUGGGUUCUCUUUUACGCACACGGUGCCUGUUUUUCAGAAUUUUACUUUGAAUUAUGGGGUGAAGAGGAUCGAUCUGGGCGGGAAGGCUUUGACGAAUUAUUUGAAGGAGUUGGUGUCAUACAGAUCGAUUAAUGUUAUGGACGAGAGUUUUUUGAUGGACGAUGUUAAGGAGAAGCUGUGCUUUGUUUCCCUUGAUGUUGACCGUGAUUUGCAGCUUGCAAGGAAGCCUGGACAGGAUAAUGUCUUCAGAUGCACGUAUGUUCUUCCUGAUGGAAUCACACAUACAAAGGGCUUUGUCAAAGACCCAGAAGCCGCACGGCGAUACCUCAAUUCGACAGAUGAGUCUCAUCUUACAUCAGGUGGAACGAUUAUUGAUGUUGAGAAGCCAGAAUCUGCAGAAGACAGAAAGAGAAUCGACUUAACCAAAAAUGAGUUCGACCUGACAAAUGAGCGAUUUCUUGUCCCAGAGAUGAUUUUUCGACCUCCAGAUUUGGGAAUGAAUCAGGCUGGACUGGCAGAGUGCAUUGUUCGAGCUAUCAAUUCAUGCCAUCCACAUCUUCAUCCCGUUCUUUAUGAAAGCAUCAUAUUGACUGGUGGAAGCACGCUUUUUCCUCGGUUUGCUGAGAGACUAGAAAGAGAACUCCGGCCUCUUGUCCCCGAUUACUACCAAGUGAAGAUAACCACUCAACAAGAUCCUAUACUAGGUGUGUGGCGAGGAGGGUCACUUUUGGCAUCCAGCCCUGAUUUUGAAGCAAUGUGUGUCACAAAAGCUGAUUAUGAAGAGCUGGGAUCUGCUCGAUGCCGCCGGAGAUUCCUUCGUUGAGUUAAAAUGGCACGUUUCACCAUGCUUGAUUACUCUAAAUAACCCAUUCAUAUAUCGCCCAUUCUCUGAGAAGAUAUUGAUGAUGGGAAACUAGAAAGUCACACAGUCAAACCAAGUAUGUUUGGAGAUACUUGAGGAAUGGAAAUGGAGGGCAUGGACUGUAGAGGAUACAUCUUAAGUGGUUGAAUCUGUUUUCUGGUGACUAUUGGACAAGGUUGUUGAGAAUCUUUUAUGGGUGCGGACAGCUGAUUGGAGCAGUUUACUCAUGGUGGUACUGACAUAGCCCAGAAUUCUGGCAUACGAGUUCCAGCAUUUCUCUAGAAUGGUGAAGGUGUUCAAACGAAGCAGAACGCCAAAAAAAGGGGACUCUGGAUUCUGCAACUACCAUUGGAGAAUAUUUCAACUGGGUAGUUCUUGGGUGAGACCUUGGGACAUCGUCGACAGACUGAGAUGGCUGUCUGCUCGUUUCUCGGCUGCUGUAGGCCGUACCUUUAGCGUCCUGCGGAGAUGUACCGAAAUCGGUGAAGACUGCUCAUCAAAUUCCACCCCGUUGGCAUUGAGCUCUUAGCCUAACUUCCCGACCUUUUUGUAGAUCUUCUGGCUUCCCAAACCGUGCGAUAUUACGACCAUCAUCAUUUGUUUGGGUGACAAAAUCAAAGACUUGACUUUAUUCUCAUUGAUUUUAAGCAUUUUAUGUUUUGGAUUA